GUCCGAGUGUUCCCGACGUGUCACGUCAAAAUAUGGCCGACUCUGAUGCGGCCCGAAGUGCAAUAAGAGUCGCCGAAAACAUGAAAAUGCCAAAUGGGCCCCGUGUUGUCACCAUAAAUAAAACAGAGACUGGGUUCGGUUUUAAUGUCCGGGGGCAAGUGAGCGAAGGGGGCCAACUGCGAAGUAUCAAUGGGGAGUUGUACGCCCCCUUACAGCAUGUCAGCGCUGUGUUGGACAGGGGGGCUGCCGAACAGGCUGGGAUACGCAAAGGCGACCGGAUUCUAGAAGUAAAUGGUGUGAACGUGGAAGGAGCCACCCACAAGCAAGUGGUGGACUUGAUAAAAUCCGGCGGUGAUGUGCUCACCCUCACCGUCAUAUCAGUGACACAACAGGAGGCAGAGCGUUUGGAACCGACUGAUGAUAAUCAAGUGUAUUAUGAUUAUAGUGAGAAACGUUCGUUGCCGAUUAGUAUUCCCGAUUAUCAUUACAACGAACGAGGGGGCGAAAGGUAUGUGGCGUUUAAUAUUUACAUGGCAGGGAGGCAUUUGUGCUCACGACGGUAUCGAGAGUUCUCUAAGCUGCAUGUUGACCUCAAGAAGGAGUUUAUAGGGUUCACUUUUCCGAAAUUGCCAGGCAAGUGGCCGUUUAAUUUAAGCGAACAACAGUUGGAUGCACGUCGAAGAGGCUUGGAGCAGUACUUGGAGAGGGUUUGCGCUGUGCGAGUGAUUGCCGAGUCUGAUAUUAUGCAAGAGUUCCUCACUGAUCAAGACGAUGAUAAUAAUAGCAGUCCAGUUGAUCUUAAAGUAUUACUUCCCGAUCGUGAAGUUGUCACAGUGUCGUUAAAAAAAAGCGCCAACGCUGACGAAGUCUACGAAGCCGUUGUCAAAAAAAUCGGCAUGAAUAAACGCGUUUCGAAAUAUUUUUACUUAUUUGAAAUUGUCGAAUACAACUUCGAACGCAAACUACAACCCACCGAAUACCCACAUAACCUCUACAUCCAGAACUACAGUACGGCAACAAGUACGUGUCUAUGUGUCCGUAAAUGGCUCUUUUCCCUAUCGAAAGAACUGACUCUUAUGAGUGACACUCAAGCCACUUCGUACAUCUUUUGGCAGUCGGUCGAUGAGGUGAAUCGAGGUUAUAUAAACGCCGGCGAGCGUUUGUACCAACUCAAAGCCCUCCAAGACAACACUCGCGCUUCUGAAUAUUUGAAAUUAGCGCGCGAAUUACCAGGAUAUGGCGAGGUGGUAUUUCCCCAUUGCGCAUGCGAUUCGCGGAAAGACGGUCACGUGAUUGUCGCUGUGGGGAGUGGGGGUAUAAAACUACACGCGUGUCGAGAGGAUGGGACUUUGGAAAGUCAAGUGGUGGGGCUCCAAUGGGAUUGCAUAAGACAGUGGGAGGUGGAUGAUGAAGGGAUGGCCUUUUGUUUAAAAUACAACAGAGCGGAUAAGACGCCACGAUGGUUGAAGAUUUUCACACCUUAUCAUUUGUAUCUCAUGGAUUGCUUCGAUCGGAUUAUUGAAGAGAGCAAGUGGUUGGAUACGGGCGAGUGACUUGAAGUGUUUUAAAUACAUAUUAUGUUGUUGAACUGUAUUAUAAUUUAUGCUAUUUAUGUGAUGUAUAUUUUUGGUUAUAAAAUGAUUCGAGACCAUAACACUUGUUGAAAUUAUUGUUUUUGAGAGCACAAGUUAUUUAUUAGAAAAUUUUUUAAAAAAUUCAUGUGAUAGAGUUAUUAGUGUAGAUGAAUUAUCUGUAUAUAUAGGUUUAGUGUUACAUGUGAUGACUUCUGUUGUAGUGGGACCCAAUUAUCUUUUUGCACUGCCGUUUUUUUUUUUCGUUAUUAGUCUCUUUUUCUAGGCUUCAAAUUCUCCUAUUUUGAGUCUCAUUCGACAAAAUGUAUAUACAUAAGAUAAUCGCGUAGCUCAAUUAAUUUAAUUCUAGUGUCCAACAGUCUAGAAUUUUUUAUAUUAUUCUAGGAUCCAUCAAGUGUUUAUCUAAUAAAAUAUUUAUUUCUGUUGAUAUCGAUUCCAAAUUAUAUUGUUACUAUAUGGCAUCUUAAAAUUUGGCUGUUACGCACUAAAUUCUAAAUAUAUACAUAAUUAAA